GGGCCGCGGGAGGCGGCGGCCGCCGGUGUAAGUGCCCAUGCCCAUGCCCAUGCCCGUGCCCAUGCCGGCGGGGCGGGCGGCGAUGGGCGCCCGGGCGGCGCUGGCGGCCGUGUUGGCGGCGUUCGGCUGGCUGCAGGUGGCGUGCGGCGCCGGGAGCCGCCCCGGCGACCUUCUGCUGCAGCCCUACUUCCCCUCCGGGCACGGCCCUCGGCACAGCCACCGGCAGGUCCGGGACUGCCAGCCCCUGCGCUACGGCAAUGUCACACACGAGGCUUGGCCCAGCGACAGCAGCGCGGCCGGGCCCGUGGCCACCACCAGGACCUUUGUGUCUUACGUCCCCGCGGAGGGUAAGGACCGCAAGGUCAUCUACGGCCACUUCACUUUCGUCAGGGACCCCCUGAGGACCUUCUCGGUGCUGGAGCCCGGCGGGGCGGGAGGCUGCCAGGCUCGCCGCAGGGCCACCGUGGAGGAGACGGCGAGGCUUGGCGGGUGCCUGGUGGCCCAGAACGGUGGCUACUUUGACAUGGAGACUGGGGACUGUCUCGGGAACGUGGUGAGCGACGGCAAGCUGGUGAGGAACUCUGGGGGCCUGCAGAACGCUCAGUUCGGCAUCCGGAAGGACGGCACCAUGGUGUUCGGCUACCUGUCUGAGGAGGAUGUCCUGGAUCAAGCAAACCCUUUUGUGCAGCUGGUGAGCGGGGUGGUCUGGCUCCUCAGAGAUGGAGAGGUGUACAUCAGUCAGAGCCAGACAGCUGAGUGUGGGGAUGUUCAGACCACAGGAACCUUUGAGAGGUUCAUCAACGUGGUCUCAGCCAGGACUGCAGUGGGACACGACAGGCAGGGGCAGCUGGUCUUGGUUCACGUGGAUGGACAGACAGAAUCCAGAGGGGUGAACCUGUGGGAGAUGGCUGACUUCCUGAGGCAGCAGGGAAUCGUCAAUGCCAUCAACCUCGAUGGUGGAGGCUCUGCGACCCUGGUCUUGAAUGGCACCCUGGCAAGCUACCCCUCUGAGCACUGCCCGUCCGACAGCAUGUGGCGCUGCCCCCGCCGCAUCUCCACCGUGCUCUGUGUCCACCAGCCUCCCUGCCAGCCCAGCAACUGCAGCGGCCACGGCCACUGCCUGCAGGGACACUGCCACUGCUCGGGGCCCUUCUGGACAGGGCCAGCCUGUGACAUCCUGGACUGUGGCCCUGCCAACUGCAGCCUGCACGGAGCCUGCACUGACUCUGGGUGCCUGUGUGAUGCUGGCUGGACUGGCACCAACUGCACUGAAGCUUGUCCCAGUGGCUUCUUUGGGGAGGGCUGCAGGCAGCAGUGCCAGUGCCAGAAUGGGGGCUCCUGUGACCCCGUCCUCGGGACCUGCUCCUGCCCACCUGGCUACCAUGGCACCACCUGUGAGCACGAGUGUCCCCUGGGCUGGUAUGGGCUGGACUGCCAGCAGCAAUGUGAGUGUGACCACUCCUGUCCCUGCCACCGCCAGACAGGCAGCUGCAACCUCACCAACGAGCUGGAGAUGCAGGAGCAGCUCAGCAAAGGUACCUCUGCGGCAGCCGGGAGGUGUUUGGCUUCCCAGGAGAAAGCAAGGAGCAAAGACAGAUUGUCCCUGUCAGAAGGAGCCUGCCUGGCCACCAGCUGCCUGCUGGCCCUGCUGCUGCUGCUGAGUGCCCUGGGCAACGUGGGGCUGAUGCUGCGGGCAAGACGGCAGCAGCCUGGGCCCUACCUGUACCAGCCACUGCGGGAGCUCAAUGGCACCAGCCAGGCCUGCACCUCUGCUGCCUGCGAGCCAGAGGACGCCCAGGAUCAGAGCCAGGCCCUGCUCCAGAACCCGGGCUGAGCCCUGCAGCUGCCUGCCAGCCCUGUCUGCUGCACUGCACAGCUGCUGAGCCACGCUGGAGCUGCGGCUGCCUGGCUCAGCCGUGCUGGGAGCUGGCUGCUUCCUCUCCCUCCUCUGCUGCCCCAGGGCUCUGGCAUCGACUACCAGGAGAGGCUGUGGGUCACCAGCCUUGGGGCAGCUUCCACUCAGACUGGUGGGUGAGGGAGCUGCAGAGGGGAGGGAAUGGGCUGCUGCCAGCCAUAAGGUGGGCAAUGGGAGCCACAGGGAAUUCAGGAAGGUCCUUUCUUACCUGAGCUGCAGCAUCAGUUGUCUCUAGCAGGAAGCUGGAGCUGAGGCAGCCAGCUCAAGGAUGUUGUAGUCUCCCACUGCCUUCCCACUCACAUUUGUAGUGGAAACCUGAAAAAUGCUGAUUUUAAAGCACUGAGGCAGGGGCAGCUGGUGGGGAACCCACAGUACCCAUGGUCAUGGCCAUACUUGGAGACUCAGAGGCUGCCACCCAGGGCUGGGGCUUCCCUGCUCCUUCCUUCAGUGCUGAUGGCAGGGCCAGAGCCUUCCCAGCCUGUCUCAGUGCCAGGUGCAGUGCAGGAGGAGGGUAGAGAGCACUGCAUGAGGGGAGGUCCUUGAAACAACAUAAACAGCCUCCCCAGUCCCAGAACCUCAUCCUCGUGUUCUCUCACAGCCCCUGGACCUGCCCUGCUCUGGCCCUCACUUGGGAAGCUGAAGAUGAGCCAGGAGGUGCCCAGGGGCUAAGAAGGCAUCCAGAUCAGCACUGGUGUGGGCAGCAGGAGCAGGGCAGGGAUUGUCCUCCCUGGAUUCAACACUGAUGAGGCCACAACUUGAGUCCUGUGUUCAGAUCUGGGCCACUCCCAGAACAUGGAGGGGCUGGAGCACAGGUCCAGAGAAGGGCAACAGAGCUGGGGAAGAGUCUGGGGAACAGGGCUGGGGAAGAGCAGCUGAAGGAGCUGGGGGAGUUGAGCCUGGAGGAGGCUGAGGGGGACCUCAUUGCUCUCUACAGCUCCCCGAGAGGAGGUUGGUGUCAGCUGGGGAUUGGGCUCUGCUCCCAAGGAAGAAGGAGCAGGACAAGAGGAAAUGACCUCAAGUUGCCCAAGGAGGUUCAGGUUGGACAUAAGAAACUUCUUCCCUGGAAGGGUUCUCAAGGCCUGGACCACACUGCCCAGAAAGGUGUCCUGGAGGUGUUUUCCAAGAGGCAGAGAUGUGCUGGGGGCCAUGGCUCAGUCCCAGCCUUGGCAGAGUUAGGGAAUGGUUGGCCUGGAGGAGCUUGAAGAGCUUUGCCAACCCACACAGUUGAGUGCCUUGGUGCUUCCCUGUCCUUGGGCACAGUGACAGCCAGCAGGGACCCCUGGCACUGAGCCCCUCCCCCAGCUGGGCUGCAGCUCAGACAUCCUUGCAGAUCUUUAGAAGGUAUCUCAGUACAAGAAGGACCUGGAGCUGCUGGAGAGGGCCCAGAGGAGGCCAUGAAGAUGAUCAGAGGCUGGAGAGCCUCUGCUGUGGGGACAGGCUGGGAGAGUUGAAGCUGCUGAGCCUGGAGAAGAGAAGGCUCCAGGGAGACCUCAGAGCAGCCUUCCAGUACCUGAAGGGGUGGCAGGAGAGCUGGGGAGGGACUUUGGACAAGGGCUGGGAGUGCCAGGCUGAGGGACAAUGGCUUUGAGCUGGUAGAGGGGAGACAGUGGCACAGGUUGCCCAGGGAGGCUGUGGAUCACAGAAUUACAUUCCAUAGGUCCACAACCUCCCUGGACGUGUUGAAGGCCAGACUGGAUGAGGCCUUGAGCAACCUGGGCUGGUGGGAGGUGUGGCAGGAGGUUGGAACUGGAUGACCUUGGGGUCCCUUCCAACCCAGCACAUUCUGUGAUCCCUGCACUGCCUGCUUAAGGUUGUGGCUGAGGAGAGUCAAGUCUCCAGGAGAGUCAAGUGCCUUCCAGGGAGCCAGAACCCAGAGCUCCUGGCAGCCUGGGCUCAGAAGCAGCUGCUGUGAAGGGGGCAGGGAGGAGCAGGGUGGGUUAGUUUCUGAGCACACUGAUGGCAUUUUGGGGAGGGGGGGGGAGAAAAUCCCCAAAAAGAUGUUCUGGAAGAAUUCUGCUCUGCUAAGUGACGCCAUGAGGUUGUCCCUUGUCUCCUGCUGCCUUCCUUGCCCCUGUUAAAAUUCAGGAGAAGGGAAAUAAAAAGAAGAGAGGGGGAAAGCA